GUAAUGUUGUUGAAGUGACACCCUGGGAUCCUUCAAGAAACAGAUUCUAAUAAUAAUAAUACUAACAAUCUUUAGUUUUAUAUAGCGCCUUUCAUAGUGGACCACCAUAACAAAGUGGUGUGUGAGCUAUUCAUCAGCUGCAGAGUCUCUUACAACAACGUCUCACCUGAAAGACGGAGCACAAGGAGGUGAAGUGACUUGCUCAGGGUCACACAAUGAGUCAGUGGCUGAGCUGGGAUUUGAAACGGGGACCUCCUGGUUACAAGCCUGUUUAUUUAACCACUGGACCACACAGCCUCCUAAAAGGAACAAUAAGCUCCUAACAACCAGGUUUGAGGACAAAAUGACUCCUUGCUGAUCAGUCUUUAAGAGAAUGUAUUAUAAAACACCAAACAUACUUAUUUAAUGAAAAGAGAACUAUAGUAACUUUCAUCCAUCAUUCUUGAGAUUAGACAGAUACAAUCCUCUGGUAUUAUAAAAACGUAUUACAAGAAAUUCUGUGUCCCUUCAAUAGUAAAGCCAGCCCUGCUAUUAAAGCCAGGUUUUGUCGGUCCCUUGAAUGGCCUUAGUAGCACUAUAUUUAAAUAAAUGCAUUUCUUUUUCAGCUGUUACUAAGCAGAAUCCUGUGUGCUGCCAUGGACAGUGUGAAGAUGGAAUCUGUCCAGAUUAAAGAGGAGUUCUCUGAACCUGAACUUGUCCCCUUUACAGCGGAGGUCGCUGGGCUGGCUUCCCUCCCCAUUAAACAGGAGCUCUGUGAGAUGCAAUGUGACAGCAGUCAGCCACAGGUCUCUGAGGUUAAAGCUGAGCACAGUGAAUUGGAGAUCCCACAGACAGAAGAACCCCUUCCUGUUAAACAAGAAGAGGUGCUGGAAAUUAACCAUAUUAAACAGGAGCCCCCUGAAGUAGAGUUUGCCCACAUGGAACCAGGGAAGGAAGAAUCCGAGGACUUCAAACCAAACAUCCCUGAGCUGGAGAGAGUCUGUGUGAGAGAGCAAGGCGCUGGAGAGGAAGGCUCUCCCAACAGCAUGCAAGGAGGUGGAAAGGAAGACGGGCAGUCACAUUCAGAAUGCAGUCUAGCAGGUUCCAGUCCAGCAGCUAAAGCGAGGGCAGGCGGUGGAGAAUAUCCUGACUGUGGGAAAGGUUUCAUGCAGAUAGCGCAUUUAAACAAAACCCAACGAACUCACACAGGCGAGAAACCGUAUCACUGCUCUGACUGUGGGAAGAGUUUCAAUCAUUUUAGAAACCUAAAACAACACCAGCGAAUUCACACAGGAGAGAAACCGUAUCACUGCUUUGACUGUGGGAAGAGUUUCAGUCAGUUAAACAGCCUUGUUUUACACGAGCGAACUCACACAGGAGAGAAACCGUAUCACUGCUCUGACUGUGGGAAGAGUUUCAGUCAGUCAAACAGCCUUGUUUUACACCAGCGAACUCACACAGGAGAGAAACCGUAUCACUGUUCUGACUGUGGGAAGAGUUUCAGUCGGUCAGACAGCCUUGUUUCACACCAGCGAACUCACACAGGAGAGAAACCGUAUCACUGUUCUGACUGUGGGAAGAAUUUCAGUCGGUCAGGCAGCCUUGUUUCACACCAACGAACUCACACAGGAGAGAAACCGUAUCGCUGCUCUGACUGUGGGAAGAGUUUCAGACAGUUAGGAAGCCUAAAAGAACACCAGCGAGUUCACACAGGAGAGAAACCGUAUCACUGUUCUGACUGUGGGAAGAGUUUCAGUCAGUUAGGAAGCCUAAAAGGACACCAACGAACUCACACAGGAAAGAAACCGUAUCACUGCUCUGACUGUGGGAAGAGUUUCAGUUGGUCAGACAGCCUUGUUCCACACCAGCGAACUCACACAGGAGAGAAACCAUAUCACUGCUCGGACUGUGGGAAGAGUUUCAGUCGGUCAGACCACCUUGUUUCACACCAGCGAACUCACACAGGAGAGAAACCGUAUCACUGUUCUGACUGUGGGAAGAAUUUCAGUCGGUCAGACAGCCUUGUUUCACACCAGCGAACUCACACAGGAGAGAAACCGUAUCACUGUUUUGACUGUGGGAAGAGUUUCAGACAGUCAAACAGCCUUGUUUCACACCAGCGAACUCACACAGGAGAGAAACCGUAUCACUGUUCUGACUGUGGGAAGAGUUUCAGUCAGUUAGGAAGGCUAAAAGGACACCAGCGAACUCACACAGGAGAGAAACCGUAUCACUGUUCUGACUGUGGGAAGAGUUUCAGUCGGUCAGACAGCCUUGUUUUACACCAGCGAACUCACACAGGAGAUAAACCGUAUCACUGCUCUUGCUGUGGGAAGAGGUUCAGUCAUUUAGGAAGCCUAAAAAAACACCAGCGAGUUCACACAGGAGAGAAACUGUGUUGCUGCUCUGACUGUAGGAAGAGUUUCCGUCUUAAACAAGCCAUUCAAAAACACCAGCGAAUUCACAGAGGAGAGAAACCUUAAAGACUGUUUUGUAUAUCACUCUUAACCCUUUGCAGUCCAUUUUUUCAGCAUGUAUGUUUUGUGUAUCACUCUUAAGAGCAUGCAUUUUAAAUUAUAAAAAUGCAAAUCCACUCUCUUGCUCUCUGUCAAAGUGGGCGGUGACGCUGACACGUCACAAGAGUCUUCUCUGCUGUCAGUUUAACUCAGGCUGUCAAUGCAGUCAGUGCCUGGGAGCGAGAAUAUGCAGAAAGGAAACUAUUCCACACCUCAUCUGAUGGACGAGUUGGGAUAAAUCAGUAACUCAGUGUGGAAAUGAGUUUCAGAGUUUAACAUUUGAACUUCAUUAACUUGAAAAUAAAUAAAUUGAUGGGAAUGAGUAUCCAGACCCCUGAUGUAGCAUCCCAGAGACGAGACUGCAGCGUCCUUACUGGGCAACCGCCUGGAGGAUGGGUCUUGGAAAUUCAUCACUAUUCAAAAACGUAUGAAAACUGAUAGUGUCUCAUGACUGUAUUAUGACAUGAAUGAGUGAAUAUUGCGUGACGUGUCGCUUUGCAGUGUGCAUUGUCCAUGCUUGUGUUUGUGCUGCCUUUGUAAAGUGCCCCGAGUAAUAGCAGUGCAGCAGGCAUGUGUACGGAUCUUGGGUACAUAAAGUCAUAGCUGUUUUGCAGUAUCUUGCACUCGGUGCCAAAUUCCCAAUGAAAAUGUAGCUGAGCUAUGACUAUUAAUCAGGGUUCGUACGCUAGUCUGGAAUUCUGGAAAAAGUAUGGAAAAAUGCAAAACUGAUUUCCAGGGCUUGAAAAACCACGUCUCCAUUAUGAAAGUCUUGGAAAAAGUCUGGAAUUUUACUAGCAUCACGGGAAAAUUAAAAUGAUUCUGCGAUUACUUUUAUUAUUAAUAAUAAUUGAUCUCUAAAGCAGGUCAGCAGCUCUAGCAGUAACUGUCUAGACAAUUUACUAGUAGCAGCUAUGUUGCUUGUGACCAAAUUCCGCGAGGAUUGCCCCUUGUAACACCCCUGACAACGCCCUGACAACUCAAAAGCAAUCCUAUCCAGUCAGCGCACUGGUAUAUGUCACAUGACUGUCUGCUUCAGUGAAACGAAGGGUAAAAUGGACUCUACGACAGCCAAGGCUAUGAUUUUUUAAACAAAGUUACAGACUGGAAUUACAAGCUACUGUACUCUGCUCACCGAGAUUCACAUUGUGUUAUCUUGUUGUUACCUUUAUUAAAUCGUUAAUGUUAUUUCCCAACCCAGGAAAAAAAAAUCGAAUACGAUAGUUAGGGUGUAUUCAAACUGGGCUCAUUUCAAACAUCCUCAGUUCGGUUCGUUUGCUUUGAAGCAUUGUAUCAAUGUGCUAGCUGUUCACACUUGCCUUGUAUACAAACGUACUGAGUUUGUUUGGAAAUUAACUGGGGCUCGUUUUCAUGGUUCACUUCCAUGUUUUCCCAGGACUCAGUUCACUUGUGUUCAUAUUGAAAUAAUCAGGGCAGCAGUGUGGAGUAGUGGUUAGGGCUCUGGACUCUUGACAGGAGGGUUGUGAGUUCAAUCCCAGGUGGGGACACUGCUGCUGUACCCUUGAGCAAGGUACUUUACCUAGAUUGCUCCAGUAAAAACCCAACUGUAUAAAUGGGUAAUUGUAUGUAAAAAUGUGUACAAAUUUUUUAUAAUUUUAUGUAAAAAUAAUGUGAUAUCUUGUAACAAUUGUAAGUCGCCCUGGAUAAGAGUGUCUGCUAAGAAAUAAAUAAUAAUAAUAAUCAAGUGAACUCGUUUUUUAUUAAUAAAAGACCAUCGGAUGUUUACAUUUU